AUGACCACAAUGGGGGACACCAUAGAAACUGCGCACAUCAUGAAGCUUGUGCAGUGCUACUUAGAGGAUUGCAAGCUCGACAUCACGCAGAAGACGCUUGAGAAGGAGCUGCAGAAGAAGUUCCCCGAAGUCUCGGCUCUGCUAGCACAAAACGAGAGGCCAGAGAAAUUUUACCUGCAAGAGUUGAUCAGGAGAGCGGGGGACGGCUCAGAUGCCAAAGACGACGACCAGAGCGAGGACGAGAAAGGACUGCUGGGGGAGCUGGGGCUGGAGGAGGAGAGCGAGGACGAAGACAACCCUAAAGCAGGAGGGAAUCCAGGCGAUUCCCAAGAGGGGCCGGACGAGGAGAAGAAGGUGACGAGGGCGAACCUGGCGGCGAGCCUGCCAAACGGAAGGAGCGCGCAGCCGAUAGAAAUGCGAGCGUCAGAAACGAACCCAGGCGUAGAAAUGCAGGAGACAAUCGCACGGCGCCAACCAGGCCCAGGAAUGAUCGCGAUAGGUCAAGAGAAAGAGAACGGAGAGAGGAACGAGCUGUAA